AUGGCGGCUCCCGUGAAGAGCAUGAAUAAACCUACCGGAGAACGGACACCGUGUAAUACCACAAGUUUUCAAAAGAAGUCACGUAGUAAAUUAGUUUCAAUACCUGGUACUAGACCUUCGAUCCAGAAUGGGCAGCUUAUUGUUUCUACAGGUGUCACGUCGCUCGACUAUUUGAUCGGUGGCGGGCUUGCGGUUGGAACGGUCCUACUGGUCGAGGAGGACCGUUAUGACAGCUACUCCAGGAUGCUGCUUAAGUACUUCCUGUCUGAGGGCGUGGUCUGUGGUCACGAGAUCUUCAUAGGCUCUGCCCAGGACCACCCUGGUGACUUUCUACAGGAACUUCCUGCUCCCAUCCUGGACGAUGUUGCCAGCACCAAUCCCCUGGAGGUGCGGGCCAGGUCAUGUGACCCCAACUGUCAAGACUCCAUGAAGAUCGCCUGGCGCUACCAGAACCUUCCCAGAGUACAGAGUCCGCUCGCCUCCUCCUCCCGGUUCGGACACUACUACGACGUUUCCAAGACGAUGGACGCCCAGAUACGCCAGGCGGCCAACUGCCACGGCUUCUUCCUUCCGGAACAUUCCGCGGUGCCGGACUCAGACUCAGAGCGCAGUCCGCUCCUCCAGUCCUACUCUGCUCUGCUGCAGAGUCUACAGGAAGUCAUCCACAAGGAGGGCUUUGACACAGCAGCACCCCCGUCUAAGUCGAGGAACGUUCUGAGGGUCGGCCUCCACUCUCUAGGCUCCGCCCUCUGGGGCGACGACCUCUGUUGCCGUGACAACCCCGGUCAUGGCCACGCCCUCUCCACCUUCCUGUACGGCCUCCGGGCGCUGCUGCGGUCAUCCCUCUCCGUCGCCAUGGUGACCGUGCCAUCACACCUCAUACAGAGCAGAGCCAUGCUCAGCAGGAUCACCAGGCUGUGUGACACGGCCGUCUGUCUGGAGUCGUUCAGGGGCUCAGAGAGAGAGACCAACCCUCUCUACAAAGACUACCAUGGACUUCUUCAUGUCAGACAGGUUCCUCACCUGAACUGUCUGGUCAGUGAGCUUGCUGACCACAAGGACCUGGCCUUCCAGCUGAAGAGGAAGCAGUUCACCAUCGAGCGGCUACACCUGCCUCCAGACCUCUCAGAGACAGUGAGCAGAGUGAGCAGGGGGGCGGGGGAGCAGGGGGGGUCGUCUCCGGGGGCAGCAGCCUGUGGCUCUCUGACCUCCAGCAGCAAACACCUGGACUUCUAGAACCCCGUCACCAGGGAAACCAACACCUGGACUUCUAGAACCCCGUCACCAGGGCAACCAACACCUGGACUUCUAGAACCCCGUCACCAGGGCAACCUACACCUGGACUACUAGAACCCCGUCACCAGGUCAACCAACACCUGGACUUCUAGAACCCCGUCACCAGGGCAACCAACACCUGGACUACUACUACCCUAUCACCAGGGCAACCAGCACCUGGACUACUACUACCCUAUCACCAGGGCAACCAGCACCUGGACUACUAGAACCCCGUCACCAGGUCAACCAACACCUGGACUACUAGUACCCUGUCACCAGGGCAACCAACACCUGGAACCUGGAUCUCUGCCCUUGCUGCUAUAGCAACCCCGGACUGUGCCCUCUUCUCCCCCCUUUGCCCCCCCACCCUCCACCUAUCAAAGGUUGCCAAACGAUUUCAACCCAUUUACACCCUGCAGCACACUGUUAACAUGUUCAACCCAUUUACACCCUGCAGCACUGUUAACAUGUUCAACAUCAUUUACACCCUGCAGCACUGUUAACAUGUUCAACCCAUUUACAGCCAGGGUGUUUUUUGUUCAAUUGAAUAAAAAUAUCGCUUGUC